UUACGGCGCGAACGUCCUGUAUAUGCAAAAUGUGAGGUUAUAAAUGUCGUGUCGUGCCUAAACGUUAUAACUCGAAUAACUUCCAUUUAACCAUUUGAUAUUUAAUAUACUAUUGUAUUUUAUCGUAGUGGAAAAUUGCUAAAAAUCAAAAAAUAUUUCAAAAUACAUUUCGAAAUUAAAUUAUCAUACAAACACUUCGUGAUAGCAACUGAUCUAUUUGAACAAAGAUAAUAAAUUGAGAUAAAUGUACAUUGGCAGGUAGCAUCAAAAACAUUCCAAAUUGUGUAUUGCUGCUGACGAAUUAGGAUUUUGUUGCAGUCAAAUAUGGCUGAUGAGUUCAUGCAUGCAGUACGAAGUGGAAGUAUACAAAAAGUACAAUUAUUAUUAAAAGAUGGAGUUAAUAUUAAUGCAACUUAUUUGUAUGGUGAGACAGCAUUAACGAUGGCAUCAUUGAGAGGACAUCUCAAAAUUGUUCAAGAACUGCUAAGGAAUAAUGCAGAUGUUAAUGUAGUUAAUGAAUAUGGCAGCACAGCAUUAAUGACGGCAUCAAUGAAAGGACAUCAUGAUGUUGUUCAAGAACUGAUCAAGAAUAAUGAAGAUGUAAAUGUAGUUGGUAAAAAUGGUAACACAGCAUUGAUGAGGGCAUCGAUAGAAGGACAUCUUGACAUCGUACAAGAACUGAUCAAGAAUAAUGCAGAUAUUAAUGUAGUUGAUAGAGAUGGCAACACAGCAUUAAUGAGGGCAUCGAUGCAAGGACAUCUCAAAAUUGUUCAAGAACUGAUCAAGAAUAAUGCAGAUGUGAAUAUAGUUGAUAGAGAUGGCAACACAGCAUUAAUGAGGGCAUCGAUGGAAGGACAUCUCAAAAUUGUUCAAGAACUGUUACGGAAUAAUGCAGAUGUUAAUGUAGUUAAUAAAGAUGGCAACACAGCAUUAAUGUUGGCAUCAAUGCAAGGACAUCUCAAAAUUGUUCAAGAACUGCAAAAACACUUUGAUAAUGCCAGCUUGGUUAAUCAUGCUAAUAUACCAUCUCUCAUAGUCACGUCACUAAAUAAUUAUGUGGAAAUGGUAGAAAGAUUGCUAAAAUAUGGGGACAAUAUCAGAGAAUCAUUUCAAAAUUAUACAGAGCUGAUUUGGGCUUCAGGUAAUGAACUUCAUGGAAUUGUACUAAAUUUCCUUAAGAAAAAUGAUAAAACCAACUUAGUUAAAAUACAUAACUGUACAUCACUGAUAUGUGCAACACUUUGUGUGCAUCUUGCAAUGAUUGAGGAAUUAUUAAAACACGGUGGGUCUGACAUCGCAUCGUUAAAAAAUUCGCCAAGUGUUGUUCAGGAACUUUUCACAUGUAUUGCCAAUCUGAAGGUAGAUGUCGAUGGUGGUAAUAUAUGUGUUGUAAUGGAAUCAAUUAAAAAAGGAUUUGAUGAUCUACAUGAGCGUAUGGUAAAAAAGUAUGUUAAUUGCAGUAAAGUUUCCCAAGAGGGCAGAAUAUUAUUUGAAUGGACAUCAUUAAGAAACUAUCUUGAUUUUAUGAAUGAAUUGUUACAAAAUUCGAUAAAUAUUGAAACAGUUAAUACAACAGGCUAUACCAUGUUAUCAACGGUGUCAUCACAAGUACACCUUCAAAUUGUUGAAAAAAUUGCAAACUACAAUGAAGAGGAUAAAAUACUGAAACACCACCAUACCACGUUAAUCAACUGCAUAAACCACAUUUAUCUUGUUGUUUUACAAGUAUUUGAGGGAAGCAUUGCAGAGAAAUUUGUUUUAAAUAUAUAAUCAAUUCAGAUCAAGAACAGUUGCCAUCAUCACUUCUAUGUUAUAUGCAACCGCAAAACAAUUUUGUAAAUAACAUUAACUAAGAGGGACGAAAAAACAAGUAUUUUUAAUUAAUGCUGGACCAUCAGUUCGCGUGAAAUCAUACAAAUAAAAAAUAGUAUUACAAUA